AUGAGUGAUCAUCUGGAAGAAAACUGUAAGAAAAGCAAUUCUGCCCAGGAAACAUUCACAGAAAGAAAUGCCUUUCCUCCUAAGGACUGCUCAAUAACACAGAAACAGUUGCAACAAAUAGAGAAACAAUUAAAAUGCUUGGCCUUUCAAAAUCCGGGGCCCCAGGUAGCUGACUUCAAUCCUGAAACUAGAGAGCAGAAAAAGAAAGCACGCAUGUCACAGAUGAACCAAGAUUUUUUUUAUAAGCCCAAAAUCACAAGGAAGUAUGACAAACAUGGCAGACUGCUUUGUAAUAAUGUUGAUUUAUGUGACUGCCUGGAAAAGAACUGCCUGGGUUGCUUCUAUCCUUGCCCCAAAUGCAAUUCGAACAAAUGUGGACCCGAAUGUCGCUGUAGUAGGAAAUGGGUUUAUGAUACCAUUGAGACUGAGGCUGGGGAUGUGAUCAGCAUGUUGCCAUUUAUUGUCCCUGACUGAUG